AUGAAGGAUGAAGACAUGGAUCCUUUAGAAGCUUACAUGUUGGAUGUUCGUGAAGAGGCAAAAAAAAUAAAUGAAGAAGACAAGAAGCGCUUUGAAAAGCUAAGCAAGGCUGAUAAAGGAUAUUCACUUAUGGAUAUCGAUGAAAAUACUAAUGAAAAUGGAAAUGAACAAGACGAGGAAGAGGAGAUUGGUAGUGACCCCGAAGAUAUUAUUGCCUAUGCAGCAAAGAAAGUCAAGCGAAAGGAUGUUGCACCUGUAGAUCAUUCAAAGAUAGAGUACGAAGACUUUAGGAAAGACUUUUAUAUUGAGCCACCGGAACUGAGAGAAAUGACACCUGAUCAAGUUGAUUUGCUCCGUAUCGAAUUGGAUGGUAUUAAAAUCCGUGGCGUCAAUUGUCCCAAACCAAUCACCAAAUGGACACACUGCGGGCUUCCUGCUGGCUGCCUUGAGGUUAUUCGUAAACUAAAGUAUGAAAAACCAACUGCUAUUCAGGCACAAGCUAUACCUGCUGUCAUGAAUGGUCGUGAUGUUAUUGGUGUGGCAAAGACUGGUUCUGGAAAAACGAUUGCAUUUCUGCUUCCUAUGUUUCGUCAUAUCAAGGAUCAAAGGCCACUAGAAGCAGGUGAAGGGCCAAUUGCUGUCAUUAUGACUCCUACUCGAGAGCUUGCAACACAGAUACAUAAAGAGUGUAAACCAUUCUUAAAAGUACUCAACUUGAGGGCUGUUUGCGCUUAUGGUGGCAGCCCUAUUAAAGAUCAAAUUGCAGAUUUAAAAAGAGGCUGUGAAAUCAUUGUGUGUACACCUGGUCGUAUGAUUGAUCUUCUCUGUGCCAAUUCAGGCAGAGUAACAAAUCUUCGACGUGUUACCUAUAUGGUAAUGGAUGAAGCCGAUCGUAUGUUUGAUAUGGGCUUUGAACCGCAGGUCAUGAAAAUUGUUAAUAACGUUAGACCUGAUCGUCAAACAGUCUUGUUCUCUGCGACAUUUCCUCGUCAGAUGGAAGCUUUAGCACGAAAAGUGCUAAAAAGGCCAUUAGAAAUUACUGUUGGAGGUCGUAGUGUUGUAUGUGAAGAUGUUCUUCAAAUAGUAGAAGUUAGAGAAGAAAAGACAAAGUUUGUAAGACUUUUGGAAAUUCUGGGUAAACUCUUUCAUGAUGAAGGAGAAGAUAAUGCUAGUGCGAUUAUCUUUGUGGAUCGUCAAGAAGCAGCAGACAACUUACUUCGUGAUUUAAUGAGAAGAGGGUACCCUUGUCAGUCUUUGCACGGUGGCAAAGAUCAAGCCGACAGAGAUAGUACAAUAUAUGAUUUCAAAUCCGGUAUUACCAACAUCCUUAUUGCAACGUCGGUAGCAGCUCGUGGAUUAGAUGUGAAAAAUCUCAAGGUAGUUAUCAAUUACGAAUGCCCUAAUCAUAUGGAAGAUUAUGUUCACCGUGUCGGGCGUACAGGUCGAGCUGGAAACAAAGGUACAGCUUACACCUUCAUCACGCCAGACCAGGACCGAUAUGCUAUGGAUAUUUGUAAAGCUCUCAAACUCAGUGGACAAGAGAUCCCAUCUGAUCUGCAAGCAUUAGCUGAUUCUUUCCAGAGCAAGGUCAAGGAAGGCAAAGAACGAGCCAGUGGUUCUGGCUUUGGUGGCAAAGGCCUUGAGCGUCUUGAUAAGGAUCGUGACUUGGUCAAAAAGAUUCAAAAGAAAGCCUAUGGUACCGGAGAUGAAGAUACAGAUGAAGAAGACUUUGAACUCGAAACAAGUUCGACUAAAAUGGAUACUGAUGAGGCUCCUAACAACAAAACAAUUGAGCCUGUUGUGCCUGGUCAGGCUGCUUCUGCUGCUGCUGCUGCUGCUGCUCAAGCUGCAUCGGCAGGUAAGGGAGCAGAAGAGCAACUUAGUGCAGCUGCCAUGGCUGCUAAGGAAGCUGCUGCGGCUGUUGCAGCGCGUAUUAACAAGAUGAGUACUCUUAAAGCAAGUGUACAGGUUGGUACAGACGGUGCAGAAGGGCGUCCAGUAUAUACAGAGGAAAUUGAAAUCAAUGACUAUCCCCAAAAGGCAAGAUGGAGAGUCACGAAUAAGGAUCAAAUAUCACAAAUCACUGAAGUCACAGGUGCUGCUAUCACCACCCGAGGUUCCUAUUUCCCAGCAGGCAAGCAGCCUACAGGCAAUGAACGUAAACUGUACCUGUUUAUUGAAGGUGAUUCCGAAAUGGUUGUUGAAAAGGCGAAACUUGAAAUUAAACGAGUGCUGCUGGAAGCAACAACAGCGCAAUUGGAAGCCGAACGAAGAGGUGGAGCUGGUGGAACUGGAAGAUACCAAGUUGUUUAA